AGCGUAACUGCGCAAGAGAAUGGUGGGUUAACUGGUUUCAUUCAGGCCCAGGAGCCUCAGGAGGGAGACGAUAGGAUAAGGGCGUUUUAUCCAAAUUGAUCGAUUGCGUUCUCUGUUACGCGAGAAUCACCCGUCUUCUUCCUCUCAACGGUUCAAUGUCGUCAAUUCACCUUACCUGUCAACGCCCUCUUCCUUCACUGAGCUACUCUUCUUCUUCGUCUACCAUAUUCUCUUUCAGCCCCACCAAUGUUUCUCUGCAGUUCUACAAUAAAAGACGCUCUCUUCCCACUCUCCUGCCACUUCCCCGGCGACUCAGUGUUGUCGCCAUGGCUCCGCCUAAGCCCGGUGGGAAGGCCAAGAAAGUGAUUGGAGUGAUAAAGCUAGCUCUUGAGGCUGGGAAGGCCACGCCUGCUCCUCCCGUUGGUCCUGCACUUGGUUCCAAAGGUGUCAACAUUAUGGGCUUCUGUAAGGAUUAUAAUGCCAGGACUGCUGACAAGGCCGGUUAUGUCAUUCCUGUGGAAAUCACUGUCUACGAUGAUAAAAGCUUUACCUUCAUAUUGAAGACACCGCCAGCUUCAGUUCUGCUUCUUAAGGCAGCAGGGGUGGAAAAGGGUUCGAAAGACCCCAAGAUGCAAAAGGUGGGAAAGGUCACAAUUGAUCAAGUGCGUGCAAUUGCUACUGAAAAGUUGCCAGAUUUGAAUUGCACAACUAUUGAAUCAGCCAUGAGGAUUAUAGCAGGCACUGCAGCAAAUAUGGGAAUUGAUGUUGACCCUCCUCUUCUUGAACCCAAAAAGAAGGAAAUCCUGUUAUAAGGCCACAUUUCAAUGCUUGAUUUACUACUACUUCACAGAAGUCACUAGCACGGCUAGAUCACUCAAGAUAUUUAGUGUAUUGUCUCCUUCCAAAGAGCUUUUCGCAAGUGAUGGUGCCUGUCUCUCUGUUAAUCUUCCCUUGCCCAGUCAUUACAACUCUGUUUUGUCACAGUAAAUGAGAGAGCCGUAACCAAUUUUCUCAAUAUUUAGCCGGCGUAAAUUUUUCAGUUCUUUCAAUCCAGACGUUGUAGUUGUUGUGGUGUUAUACUUAAAUUUAAACAAUGUCCUUGCAAAGAAUUU